AUGGCGACGGUUCCUCUUGGGGCUCAUCUCCACCAUUGUUGUCGCUUAGAAAUCCCUAAAUUUACCAUCAAUUCCAGAAAAUCUAAACAAUCUUCUUUGUAUUACAGUAGGAAAGGGAGUUUUAUGCUAAAAAAUGGCGCCAACAGCUGCAACUCCAGGCCUUCUUCUGAUUCUAGGAUUCCGACCACCACAGUAAGAGCUUCUUCUAAUAGCUCCAGCUCCGACACCGCUCUCCUUGAUGCAGCCGUGUCCGAUGACGUCAUCUUCCGAGAAUCGUUUCCAUUGCAACGCAUCGAAAAGGUGGAAGGAAAGAUAUUAAUCAGAUUAGAUAGUGGAAAGGAUGAGGAGAACUGGCAGCUAAUUGUAGGAUGUAACCUUCCAGGGAAAUGGGUUCUUCAUUGGGGAGUUACUUAUGUCAACGACAUUGGCAGUGAAUGGGAUCAGCCUCCUGUUGAGAUGAUACCCGAGGACUCUAUUUCCAUAAAGGACUAUGCAAUUGAGACCCCUUUAACGAAAUCGUCGACAGUGACAGAAGCAGAUUCAAUUUACGAAGUGAAAAUUGAUUUUAACACUAAAAGCUCAAUUGCCACUAUUAAUUUUGUCUUAAAGGAUGAAGAAACUGGAUCUUGGUAUCAAUACAGAGGGAGAGAUUUUAAGGUGCCACUUAUGGCUUUCUCCACUGAUGAUGGCAAUGCUGUAGGAACUAAACAGGGUUUUGCCGUAUGGCCAGGGUCUUCAGGGCAGUUAUCCAGCAUGCUGAUCCAAUCAGAUGGCGAAGGUGAAAAUAAAAGCGAUGACUCGAAAGAAUCUAUUCAGCAAAAGAGGAGCCUUCAGAGUUUCAAUGAAGAGCAUUACAUUAUAAAAGAAACCCUGCUUGAGAACUCCAUGAAUGUUUACAUGAAAAGAUGUUCCGAGGCAUCUAGUAAUCUUCUGCGCAUAGAAACUGAUAUCCCUGGUGAUGUUAUUGUUCAUUGGGGAGUCUGCAAGGAUGAGAGUAAGAAGUGGGAAAUUCCUGUUGGACCGUAUCCAGCUAAUACAUCAGUAUUUAAGAACAAGGCUUUGCGUACUCAAUUGCCGAUAAAAGAAGAUGGGCAGGGCUGCUCUGGAGUAUUUUCAUUAGAUGAAGAAACGACAGGAUUCCUUUUUGUUUUGAAACUUAAAGAUGACACAUGGAUUAAUUGUAUGGGGAAUGAUUUUUACAUACCGAUCCCAAAGGAAAGUAUAGAAGGUCCCGGAGAAAAUAAUAUCUCUGGGAGUGAUGUGGAAGUCGAUCAAGAAGUUUCUGUAUAUACUAAUGAUAUCAUCAAUGAAAUCAGACAUCUGGUAACUGGCAUAUCCGGGGGAGCAAACCAAAAAACAAAAGGCAAAGAGGCACAAGAAACCAUUCUUCAAGAGAUUGAAAAGUUAGCUGCAGAAGCCUAUGGUAUCUUCAGAAGCUCUGUUCAAAGUAUACCAGAGGUCGAGUCUGAUGCUGAGGAUGUCGAGGACCAUGUAAAAGUAAGUUCAGCAGUUGGUUCAGGUUUUGAAAUUCUGUUACAAGGAUUUAAUUGGGAGUCCAACAAGUCUGGAAGAUGGUAUCUGGAACUAGAAGAAAAAGUGGAAGAGUUGGCCUCACUUGGCUUCACCAUUGUUUGGUUGCCCCCACCAACAGAAUCUAUCUCACCUGAAGGCUACAUGCCACGGGAUCUAUAUAAUUUGAACUCCAGGUAUGGAAGUGUUGAUGAGUUGAAGGCACUUGUGAAGAAAUUCCAUAAAGCUGGUCUUAGGGUUCUCGGGGAUGCAGUCAUAAAUCAUCGUUGUGCACAUUAUCAGAACAAAAAUGGCGUUUGGAAUAUUUUUGGUGGUCUAUUGAAUUGGGACGAUCGUGCAGUUGUUGCGGACGAUCCGCAUUUUCAGGGGCGAGGAAACAAGAGUAGUGGAGAUAAUUUCCAUGCUGCUCCAAAUAUUGAUCAUUCACAAGAGUUUGUGAGGAAAGAUCUUGGUGAAUGGCUACGCUGGCUUAGGAAAGAGAUUGGGUACGAUGGAUGGAGGCUGGAUUAUGUUAGGGGAUUUUGGGGUGGUUAUGUAAAGGAGUAUAUGGAAACUAGUGAACCCUACUUUUCUGUUGGUGAGUAUUGGGAUUCUCUAAGUUACACGUAUGGUGCGAUGGAUCACAAUCAAGAUGCCCAUCGGCAGAGGAUUAUUGACUGGAUAAAUGCUACCAAUGGAACUGCUGGAGCCUUUGAUGUCACAACAAAAGGAAUUCUUCAUUCUGCAAUUGAAAGAUGUGAAUACUGGAGAUUAUGUGAUUCAAAUGGAAAACCACCAGGUGUUGUUGGCUGGUGGCCCUCUCGUGCUGUCACCUUUAUCGAAAAUCAUGAUACUGGUUCUACACAGGGUCACUGGCGGUUUCCUGGUGGAAAGGAGAUGCAAGGAUAUGCUUACAUCCUGACUCAUCCUGGAACACCAUCGGUCUUCUACGACCAUUUGUUCUCCCACCACAAGUCCGAUAUUUCUGCACUUAUCUCGAUUAGGAACCGCAACAAGAUCCAAUGCCGGAGUACAGUUAGAGUGACCAAGACAGAAAGAGAUGUUUAUGCAGCCAUAAUUGAUGAAAAGGUGGCAAUGAAGAUGGGACCGGGCCAUUACGAACCCGAAAGUGGGUCCCUCAACUGGUCGGUGGCGUAUGAAGGCAACGAUUACAAGGUAUGGGAAGCAUCAUAAACUCAUGAUCACCUGUUAUGAUACCUUGGCAUUGGUUGAUGUUUAGCAAGCCAAGUUUUGUAUACUAAAGAGAGUAUUGUAUUGAUUGAUAAUGAAUUUGUAAGAAAUCAUGUUAAUAAUUAAGAGUAUAUAUAUAAUAUGAAGCUGCAAAUGAUGUUUAGUUAAACAAGGGGACAUGAUUUGGCAUAAAUAAAAGUUGUAAUUGGAUUCA